GUCAAAAGGCUUAAAAAUGGCCAGUGAUCAGUCAAACUGCUUUCACUGCAAGGAUUCACUUUGUGGAAAACGAUACAUCAUGAAAGAAGAAAACGCUUUCUGUGUGAAAUGCUAUGACAGCCUCUUUGCUAACUUUUGCGAAAAAUGUCAUAAAGCCAUUGAAUGUGACUCCAAGGAUCUUGCUUAUAAAGGCUGCCACUGGCAUGAAACGUGCUUCAAGUGUGCCCAAUGCCAUCACUCCCUGGUUGAGAAGCCUUUUGCAGCUAAAGAUGAGCGCCUGCUGUGUACAACUUGCUAUUCUAAUGAAUAUUCAUCUAAGUGCUUUCACUGCAAGAGGACUAUCAUGCCUGGUUCUCGUAAAAUGGAAUUUAAAGGCAAUUGUUGGCAUGAAACUUGCUUUGUUUGCCAGUAUUGCCGGCAACCACUAGGAAUGAAACCUUUGAUUACCAAGGAUGAUGACAAUUACUGUGUACCCUGUUAUGAGAAGCAAUUUGCACAGUAUUGCUACUCCUGCAAAAAGGAUCAGCCAUGGCAUAAGGAAUGUUUUCUAUGUACUGGAUGUAAGAAGCAACUUGCAGAACAUCAAUUCAUGUCCAAAGAUGAACAUCCUUACUGCCUGGAGUGCUUCAGAGGACAUUUUGCAAAGAAUCUUGGAGGAGGCAAGUUCAUCUCCUUUGAGGAGCGCCAAUGGCACAGCGACUGCUUCAAGUGCAGCCAAUGCACCUGCUCCCUGGUGGGAAAGGGCUUCCUCACCCAGCAAGAUAAAGUCCUCUGUGGCAAUUGUGGGUCUUCUACAUGA